AUGCAUCCUGUUGAAUCCGUCUUUGCAAUUGGGGGAGACGAUGAUUCGGAGCAGGAGGAGGAUUUGCUGGUGCAGGGGACCAAAAGGGUGGGCGCCCUCGCAGCCGGCGUAUCCCCGGCGGUAGAAGUCUUAUUGAGUACUGGAGUGGCCGCUGAUGCAAAUUCUGCGAGGCUUGAUUCGCCUCGUGCUGCAGCUGCUGAUCCCCCUCGUGCUGAUGCUGCUGCUACCUCCCCUGCAUCUGUGACACCCCCGUCUUCUCAGCGGCCCAGUAGUGCUCUGAGCUGUUAUCCUACUGGUUUAGGCGUGGGAAACGUUGACGUGGAAACCCAGGCCAACACAUGCAAAGGACAGGAACAGCGAAAUGUGGCAGAGAGAAGUAGCAGCACGAGGGAAUGCGCCAGCAGCAGCAGCAAGAGCGACUUCUCCCAUUGCGUCUCUGGAGCAAUCGAUGAUACUUCUACUUACAGGCCAGAAAUAGAUGGUCCACCUAUUAUCGGUAUAUUCGUAGUGGUGCAAUCAGCGGUGCAAAGGCAUCAAAUUUUGUUUCAUCACCAAAGGACAAAGUCUAACUGUCUGCCUCUUCACCGACUCGACCUUGCACACUGUACGGAGCGUUCGUUAUGGCGCAAAAAGCAGCAGGGUGCCUCCCAGCGAGCAUUUCCCUGGGACGGGGAGGAUGGCGAUACGACGUUGCUCCAGUGGGUUGAAAGGUUUGCUCUACCAGAGAUGGCCUCGAUGAGGGAGAGCCUCCAGGUGGCCUCUCAAGGGACGACCGAACGUAAGGAGGAUUCCGCUAGUGUCCAGCGGCCUUGUUCACAUCUCUUCUUUACGGUGCCCACGGCAAAGAACAAUACUUACUUUUUCGGCGUGUCUUGUUAUUCUGCGCAAAGGGAACGCUUGUGGGAUCCAUCAUCCAUGGAAGAUGCCCAGGGAUUAUGCGCAGUGUGUUUGGUGGCACGUGUGCCAUUUUGGGGGCUUCUUCUGUUUCGCCUACUUCCUGUUACGACGGCCUUUUUUGAGCUUAUGGAGGGAGCCUGUGGAAGUGUUGCGGAGCAGACGAGCUCCUUGGGAUUGCCUGCUCAGUUGCUUGUUCAACUGUACGACCAGCUGAACACCGUCAAUUUCCAUCUCAUGAGAUACACCGAGAUCACUUUCAACCUUGAGGCUGGCCUGCCACCCUUUAUCAUGGCAGUCAAUCCACAGCAGCUCCUCAUGCUUGUCAAAGCUUUGCUGCUGGAGACGAAGGUCAUGUUCCACUCAUGUGAUGCUUCGCGGGCAUCCACAGCUGUCCUCUCAUUUAUUUCGCUCCUCCCGGUGGACGUAGAUGCUCUAACGGUCGAGGUGCAGAACGCGACCCUGGUGCCACUGCUGCGGUUAACGGAUUGGGAGCAGAAGUUCGCGAAUCGGAUGAGCGUGGAGACUUCAUUUUCUUGUGAGGCGUUAGGAAGCAAUAGCCCCACUUAUGGAAAUAGCUGCAGCAUCUCGAAGCAUGCAACAGAUCUGUUACAGCAAACAUUCUCUUCCCUCGCUAGCCACGCAGCGGCACAUGGAAUCCCUUUCUUGAGGUCCAAGGAUGAAACUACGGUUUCGCCAUCAAAAGUGGUGCCUUCGAACCUUCACGCUUCGAGUUAUCCUAAGGUAGACUAUUCGUUUGCAGGGCAGCAGCAAAGACGAAGAACUGCCUCUGCCGUCUCACCGAGGAACAGCCGCCACUGCAGUAGCCGCAGUAGCAGCAGCUUGAGCCGGACGGAGCGGAUCAAUUACGCGGGCAUCGAAGGCCGAUGGGAGGCUGAAACUGUCAAGAAAGAUGAUGGCACCAGCACAUCAGGAACUCUAUGCAGUACACCUGGAGAGGCACGUAGUGGAGCGCGUGGACGCGAUGCUUUUGUUAGGGGCAGCUCGAGCGGCUUGGAUGCUGAUUUAGAAGAGCCGCGGCAGCACCACAACACAUCGUUUAACGGCAUUCCGUGCACCUACCCUGUAUGCGGCGGUGGAGGAGGGUGGUUGAGUGGUCGCCUUAGGUGGGGUUGGGAGCGCCAGGCUGAUCGACAGACUCCCAGUAGUGCUGCCGCAUCCGGUGGAAAAAAAUCACGCAAAACGGUUGCUAGUGAGGAAUGCCAUAAGGAGGCUGAGUCUCCAGCUACUUCUAGUAAGGCAGGGGAUCUGCCGUCGGACAGGCCCGUAGUACAGAGGCUUUGUUCAGACAUUAGCCGCUUCCAGGCAGAGAGCAGGAGCAGCAGCGAUGCCAUGGGUUUCCCUUCCGUGUUUGAUCCAAACUGGGAAGCACAUGCAGACCUCAUACGUGCAGCGUUCACACAACAUCUAGAGCAGCUAUGCAGGAGAGCAGCGAUUGCUGCUGGCCCUGAACGCUCGAGGCAGCAGCUCCUGCGACAAAUCUCCUUUCCGUCAGCAGAAAACGGUGAUCUCAGUGAGUUCGGCGUCGAGUGGGUCAAAGCGUGGGCAGACACGCAUAACUUUCAGGCUUGGCUUCUAGAGCACCAGCUGCCGAACAAAGGGGCGCCUUACGCAAAACACGAGAUUCUGCAGCCUCCGCCCACUUGCGGCUACGCGAGGUAUCUUUACAGCAAUGGAGAUUGCUACGAGGGCCAAUUCUCGUCAUGUCAGAGGCAUGGAGAUGGUGUUUACUCUUCUGCUGACGGCAUGAGAUACGAUGGUUCGUGGGUACGCGACGAACGACAUGGACACGGGGUUCUUGCCCAUGAGUCUGUGGGCUACUUAUAUGUAGGCCAGUGGCAGCACAAUAAGAAGUGCGGGGAGGGACAUCUGUAUUCACGCAGUGAGCGGUACUGGGGCCAGUUUCUCGACAAUAAAUACCAUGGGCGGGGUAGAUACGUACGGCGAGACGGACUGGAGUACGAAGGGGAGUUUGUGAGCGGCCGUUUUGAAGGUCUGGGGAAGCUAACAAUAAUGCGGAACGAGGGAAGGCAAACUCUUGCAGAAAACAAGGAGGGCGUUGUGGUCAGAGGCGGUUUCGAGAGUGGCAAAGUGACAGGUGUCGUCACUGCGGUUUACUCUGAUGGAAGAACUUACACAGGAGAGCUUUCUCCUGAAACACUUCAGCCGGAUGGAUGUGGCAGCAUGCUGUAUAGGGAUUCCUGUCUGUACGACGGACAGUGGCGCAAUGGCUUGCGUCAUGGAGCCGCAGUGCUUACAAUCCCUGUAGGAGUUCUACGGGGUGUGGGCUCGAGUACAUGCGUGAAUGAAGCCGGCGCCGUCACCGUAGAUGGCCAGUGGAGAGACGGCUCACCAGACGGCGAUGCGGAGUGGAGUGUCACUUUUCCCAACGGAGACAAGUACUUGGGAAACCUGAAAUUUCCCAUCACAUGCGAUGAUCGGGCGGGAGGCAGCGUGGAAGAUAAAGAUUUUGAGCAAAUGGCGAUCGCAGAGAUUGUCCCUCAUGGUUGGGGACUGAGCAAGCGAAAAGACACUGGAGAGGUGAUUGCAUUACGCGAAGUGGCGAAAGACACUCGGGCGACUGGAGAUUCGGCCAUUUGCACGGGAAAGGCCGACACUACGACUCCACUUCGGGCUGCACAUUCGAAGGCACUUUUCACUUCGGGAAGUUUCUGGGAGAAGGCAGUCCAGGCCUAG